AUGAGCGUAGACGCUAAUCUAAUAGCAAUCUUUGCACAUGAUGCAGGUCAGUUUGCCUUCAAUACUGGUACAGCACAAAAGAAUUCUAUUGAUAUAUACCCCUUGGAUGCAUCAAAUAACUACAAAGUUAAUAGUUCCUUAGUGAACCAUGUGGACUACGAAAGCCAUGAUUUAAAAUCCUCAGAUAUUCUCUAUGUUGGUUGGUGUAGCGAUGCUAACGAUGAAGAUUCUAAUUCUAGUAGGACUAAACGUAAAUUAGAUGAAGAUGGGACAGGGGUGAGUAAACCAAGAAUAGACAAUUUUUUCGUUAAUGUAUUCGAAGAUGGUCAAAUUGUCACUUUCUCCUCUACUGGUAGACAUAUUAUUAACAUAUUUCGCAAUAAGGAUAAAAUAAAGGCCGUUGACACACAUGGUAAAUACAUAUGGACAUAUGAUACGGAUAACUGCGUUAAGAAGUUAGAAUACAACAAGACAAAACCGGUGAAAACUUUCCAUUUGAUCGAUGGUAAAGAUGAAGAGAUAAUACAUUUCCAAGUAUUAAAAUAUAGUGGAGAUAACGCUAAUGAAGAUGGUAUAUAUUUAUCGAUUGUGACUGAACAAAAGAUCUACAUCAUUGAUCCAAGUAAGAGGAGACCAAGUACAGUAGCAGUUUUCGAAAUAUCUGGUGCAUUAUCAUGUGCCUUCAGUGAGGAUGGGAAAUAUUUCAGUGUUGCUACAAUUGAUGCUUUAACUGUAUAUGACUACGAAACAAAGGAUAUCGUCUGUUCUUGGGAUGUACAAGCAGACAGGAUUAGUGCUAUCAAAGAUCUAAUUUUCACAUUAAAUGUUAAUGGUAAGAUAUCUGUCUUUAAGGUAAAUCAAAGUGAACCUAUCAGUACUAUCACAGUGACAAACUCAGAAGUCAUCGAUUUUAAACAAAUAUCAAAUGAUGUGAUGCUCGCUUGGUUAAACGUUAAUGAACCUAAUUUUAAAUUACUAUCUAUAGAUAACAUUACCGGUAACAAGGAGAUAAUCCUAAACGAGGGUGUCGAAGAUAUCGAACCUGCAGAAAAUCAUGUAACUCAAGGUACUGACAAGCAAGAAGAUGCAAUGGAAGAUGUUGCAAAAGAAGAAAAACAUGAAAGCUCAAAGAAAAUAUCAAAAUCCGAACAAACCGAAUUAAAUGUUAGAUUAGUCAAAGCAUUAGCAAAGGAUAAUGAUAACUCAGACAACGAGCCUGUUAUCAGUCUCCUGAUAUCACCCUCAUGGAAUGAACAAAGAAUUAUAAAUUUUAUAAAUACCCAAUUAACCUCUGAAAAUCUUGUAGGGUCUGUUCUUAAUAAGAUUAUUACCGAAUUGCAACAUGACGUUUGGGCAAAGGAUAAUACCUUAUGCCUAUGGGUAAAAUGGAUAAUGAUGUUGAAAAAUGUUCCUCACAGUACGAUAUUCGACAAGAAACCAAAAAAAAAUAUGAAACAUUUAAAGAGUGCCUUAAAGUCGUCAAGCGAAACAUUACCAACUUUACUUGGUAUUCAAGGUAGACUAGAUCUACUAAACAAACAAGCUACGUUAAGACAAGAAUUAGCUAUGCUAUCUAUCGAUGAUGGCACUGCCGCAGUUGCCAUAGAUCAAGGUGAAGACACAAAUAAUAUCGAGAUAGGAGAUGCUAUUUCAAAUGAAGAUGAAGACAACCUGGUAUAUGUAAAUGGUGAAAAUGAUGUUUUUGUUGAUGCUUCGGACUUUGUAGGAGUUGCUGAAACAGCUGCUUAG